UAAACCAAUGCCAUUAGAACAAGAGGUAUUACAUAUUCCAAUCAUUUUAACAAUCCCUUUAGAGAACAACAACAACAAAAAUGUAUUUUUAUAAAGCCUCGGGCCGGCUUGGGUUUCGUAACCUAGGUAACUAACGGUUAUGACGCCAUAAAGGGGACGCGGUCCAGCUGCCUCUAUAUAAGUUGCUCCCUGACAUCAUUCUUCGUGGGUUUGUGUUAGGCGUGUACGAGAGUGUUUUGAUUUUUGUGUGAUCAAGGCUCUUCUUUGCAAUUCGUGUGUGUUUCGUGGUGUUUCGAUAUAGCGAGAAGGAAGUGAGACCGAAGACUAACCGAAAGGUUUUUUUGUCGACUCCUACCCGAUCGUUUGAGUUCACAACGCGUGCUUUUAUCUGUUGGUGCAUCGUCCUCUCGUGAAAGAAGUUGAGACCAAAUAGUGACCGCAAGGUGACUUAUUUGUUGACUCCUCCCGGAACGGAGGACAUCUCCACAGUUAAAGUGCAUCGUCGCAUUCGGAUGCAAAACGCCUUCGACCAAAUAAAGAUGACUACGACUGCCGCAUCUUUCGAUGACUUCGGCAGCAUCCUGCCCAUCAUUUCGUGGGCGGAUUUUGUUGGAGAUACCGAAUAUGAUCCGUCGGGGGUGGUCAUUCCGUCAUGGGCUGACAUGUCUCUCGCCGUGAUGGAUGCCGAGGUUCCUGAGCCCUCAGCCAGACUCCAGAGAAGGGUCGAGAAUCCAGAGAGUUCAGUCAGGAAAGUCUUCAUUGAGAAGAGUGUGUGGCGAAAACAAGCAUCUGCUUCAUCUGACUUCAGAGUGAUGGCAUCUCAAGCCUCUGAGUCAAGGAAUCAGCCCAGGAGGAACAACAUUGGUUUUCUGCAAGAGGAGAGGAUGGGUGGGACAAAAAAAAUCAUCAAGCCCCCCAUCACUACUACACCACCUUCUCAAGAUUGGCGUAGAUUACUUCCUCCGGACUUUGUGAGAAGGACAGAGAGACCAGUCGGAGAUGCCUCACCACCUCAGCAUCAAGGUCCUUCCACAAGCUCCAUAGAAAAUAAAGUGGGCCCUAUCCAGAACACAACUCCUGCAAAAACGGUUGCACAAAAGCAGGAGAUGGGUGAUGAAAAUAUAAUCAUCAAGCCCCCCAUCACUACUACACCACCUUCUCAAGAUUGGCGUAGAUUACUUCCUCCGGACUUUGUGAGAAGGACAGAGAGACCAGUCGGAGAUGCCUCACCACCUCAGCAUCAAGGUCCUUCCACAAGCUCCAUAGAAAAUAAAGUGGGCCCUAUCCAGAACACAACUCCUGCAAAAACGGUUGCACAAAAGCAGGACAUGGGUGGGACAAAAAAAAUCAUCAAGCCCCCCAUCACUACUACACCACCUUCUCAAGAUUGGCGUAGAUUACUUCCUCCGGACUUUGUGAGAAGGACAGAGAGACCAGUCGGAGAUGCCUCACCACCUCAGCAUCAAGGUCCUUCCACAAGCUCCAUAGAAAAUAAAGUGGGCCCUAUCCAGAACACAACUCCUGCAAAAACGGUUGCACAAAAGCAGGAGAUGGGUGAUGAAAAUAUAAUCAUCAAGCCCCCCAUCACUACUACACCACCUUCUCAAGAUUGGCGUAGAUUACUUCCUCCGGACUUUGUGAGAAGGACGGAGAGACCAGUCGGAGAUGCCUCACCACCUCAGCAUCAAGCUCCUGCCACAAGCUCCAUAGAAAAUAAAGUGGGCCCUAUCCAGAACACAACUCCUGCAAAAACGGUUGCACAAAAGCAGGAGAUGUGUGAUGAAAAUAAAAUCAUCAAGCCCCCCAUCACUACUACACCACCUUCUCAAGAUUGGCGUAGAUUACUUCCUCCGGACUUUGUGAGAAGGACGGAGCGACCAGUCAGCGAUGCCUCACCACCUCAGCAUAAAUCUCUUCCCUCACGCCUGUUUAAAAAGUCUCUUACAGAGGCUGCACCACGUCGUCCUAAAGUGUAUCCUCCAGGCUUCUUUAAAAGGCUAGAGCCCACAGAUGCUUCACCACCUCAGAAUAUGUCUCUGCCCUCGGACUUCAAUGAAAAGUUGAGGAUAGCUCUCAAAAACACUCCAUUGCUUCAACAUCAGAAUCUUUCCUCAACCUCCUCCAAAGUUAUCGGAGUGAGCCCACAAGAAGAAAAGAAGAACACUACGGCAAAAACUUUUCCACAGAGGCAGGGGAGGAGUUCUUUUAGGGCAGAGUGCAGUCUUGAAGAUCUGUGUAAGAUGUUGGAUGGACUGCAUCUGUCUGAGAAGCCAACAUUAAGUUUAACACCAGACAGUCCGAGGCCUCUUCUUCGUCCGGCCAGUUUUAUUUAUAAAACACGACGAACACUUGGCUUUUCACAACAUCAUACGUCAGGAAAAGAGAUAUGGAAAAAUCCUCCAGCCCCGCCUAUACCAGUUUAUACAUCUGAGCAUUUACCAGCUCCCCACCUUAACCCUCAGCACACUUUCCUGGACGACAAGAAUCUCUAUCAGAUUCGCAAACGUCCGCGACUUUCAUAUGACAUCUAAAGAGCCGGGAUGAGCCUCAGAUGCAGCCAGAAGACACAAAAUUAUGUUUUAUUUUUUUAUUCGGGAGGAACCUAAGCUUAUAAUCAAUACGCCGUUCCAUCACCAGCAAAUACCAAUCAGCCGGGCAUACAAUCUCAGCACAACUAUCUCGGCUGGUAAAUCAUUAGCAAUCCCAGCACCGAUUUUGUAAAUCCGCACACGCCCAUACCUGCUGUGCUUAAAUCUGCAUCCGACCCGUUUUCCAAGAUCUAAUCCAAGAUUCUUGAGCUCGGAGCCCACUCCCUGCACAACAAUGCCAAUACGCAUAAUGUAAACCUAUGCUUCACCAAUCUAUCCCUAUAACGGAGCUGUUUAUCUGUGAGGGCGAACUCGUGAACUGCCUGAAACAAAGAAGCAGGAGAAGAAAGAUGAAAGAAACUAAAGAAACAAAGAAGCAAUGAAUACAUUAAAUGCUCUUUCACAUCAAGGUUUCAAAUGAUCAAACAGUUAUUUCCUCAUAACUUCAUCAUAACCGUUUUAAACCUGAAUUUACCACAGAGCAGGAACAGACUUCCCAUGUGAUAUUCCUAAACUCAAAACUCUUCUAAAUGAUCAGUUAAAGUAAUACUUGACAAAACAAUAACCACAAUAAGAUCAUGAACCGCAAAACAUUUGAAGCAGAUUUAGAUACUUAACCGAUUUAACAGAGUAAUUUAAUAAGAAAAGGCACAGACACUAAAGAAAUAUUAUUUGUUAUUAAAAUCUUUAUUCAUUUGAUUGUAGACUUGCAUUUUACUCGCUUGAGCAUCCACGCUGUACAUUUUUAUACCCCUUCGUUUGAAUUGAGGUCACGAAAAAGUCCAACCAAAAGAGAAUUCCAAGAGGAGGGGUGGAUGAAUGAAAGUGUAUGGGUAAUGUGUAGAAAUGAGAUUGGGCCUUACUAACAGGGAAGUGUUUAUCCAUAUUAGCCCAUAGACUCAUAACAUUUACAUUACAUUUAGCAGACACUUUUAUCCAAAGCGACUUACAUUGCUUUAUCCUAUACAUUUUACAUAGGUAUUUGCAAUCCUUUAGGAUCGAACCCACAACCUUGCGUUGUUAACGCAAUGCUCUUACCACUGAGCUACAGGAAAGCUCAUAAGCAACAACAAACAGCUAAUUCAUAGAAAAAUGAAAUCACAAAUGCGGUAUUAGUUGCCGGCCUGAACAUGUGUCGUAUCAUGUCAAUUUUGCAUAACAUGAGCUGCCUCUACGCUAAUAAGUUUGCCUUGUUUUCUUGUCUCAUUCUUGGGACAUCUGAGUCUGACAGAGCCUGGUCCGGUUGGACUGAAUACACAACCUCAUGAUGAGCACAGAUGAUGUCUUCGUCAACAGAAGGUAAUGGGAGUCUGCAGUGAGUCAGAUGGUGAAGGGAUGACAAAAGAGAAAAAGGCAUCAAGGUCCUGCCACAAGCUCCUCGGAAAAUGGAGUGGGCCCUCUCCAGAACACAACUCCGGCAAAAACAGUUGCACAAAAGCAGGAUUUGUGUGGCCAAAAACUAGCCAUCCGUCCCCCCAUCACACCAGCUCCUGAACCUGAUCCUAAAGUGUAUCCUCCGUGGCUUCUUUAAAAGGCUAGAGCCCACAGAUGCUUCACCACCUCAGAAUAUGUCUCUGCCCUCGUACAAUCAAAAGUUGAGGGCACCUCUCACAAACACUCCAUUGCUUCAACAUCAGAAUCUUUCCUCAACCUCCUCCAAAGUUAUCGGAGUGAGCCCACAAGAAGAAAAGAAGAACACUACGGCAAAAACUUUUCCACAGAGGCAGGGGAGGAGUUCUUUUAGGGCAGAGUGCAGUCUUGAAGAUCUGUGUAAGAUGUUGGAUGGACUGCAUCUGUCUGAGAAGCCAACAUUAAGUUUAACACCAGACAGUCCGAGGCCUCUUCUUCGUCCGUCCAGUUUUAUUUAUAAAACACGACGAACACUUGGCUUUUCACAACAUCAUACGUCAGGAAAAGAGAUAUGGAAAAAUCCUCCAGCCUCGCCUAUACCAGUUUAUACAUCUGAGCAUUUACCAGCUCCCCACCUUAACCCUCAGCACUCUUUCCUGGACGACAAGAAUCUCUAUCAGAUUCGCAAACGUUGGCGACUUUCAUAUGACAUCUAAAGAGCCGGGAUGAGCCUCAGAUGCAGCCAGAAGACACAAACUGGCUGAAACAAAGAAGCAGGAGAAAAAACAUGAAAGAAACAAAAGAAAUAAAGAAAGAAUGAAUACAUUAAAUGCUCUUUCACAUCAGCCAUAGUGUACUUCAAAGGGGACAGAGAAGUUUUCAAAUGAUCAAACUAUUAUUUCCUCAUAACUUCAUCAUAACAGUUUCAAACCUGAAUUUACCACAGAGCAGGAACAGACUUCCCAUGUGAUGUAACUAAACUCAAAACUCUUCUAAAUGAUCAGUGAAAGUAAUACUUGACAAAACGGUAACCACAAAAAGAUCAUUAACUGCCAAACAUCUGUAGCAGAUUUAGAUACUUAACAGAGUAAUCUAAUAAGAAAAGGCAGAAACACUAAAGAAAUUAUAUUUUUGGUUGAAAUCUUUAUUAAUGCGAUUGUAGACUUGCAUUAUACUCGCUUGAGCAGCCACGCUGUACAUUUUUAAUUUACAUUUAGCAGACACUUUUAUCCAAAGUGACUUACAUUGCAUUAUCCUUUAGACUUUACAUAGGUAUUUGCAAUCCCCUGGGAUCGAACCCAUAACUCAAUGCUCUUACCACUGAGCUACAGGAAAGCCAUUUUUAUACCUCUUCAUUUGAAUUGAGGUCCAGAAAAAGUUCAACCAAAAGAGAAUUCUAAGCGGAGGGGUAGAGGAAAGAAAGUGUAUGGGUAAUGUGUAGAAAUGAGAUUGGCCCUUACUAACAGGGAAGUGUUUAUCCAUAUUAGCCCAUAGACUCUUAAGCAACGACAAACAGCUAAUUCAUAGAGAAAUGAAAUGAACACGUAAAAAUCACAAAUGCAGUAUUUGCCGGCCUGAACAUGUGUUGUAUUGUGUCAAUUUUGCAUAACAUGAGCUGCCUCUACGCUAAUAAGUUUGCCUUGUUUUCUUGUCUCAUUCUUGGGACAUCUGAGUCUGACAGAGCCUGGUCCGGUUGGACUGAAUACACAACCUCAUGAUGAGCACAGAUGAUGUCUUCGUCAACAGAAGGUAAUGGGAGUCUGCAGUGAGUCAGAUGGUGAAGGGAUGACAAAAGAGAAAAAGGUAUGAGGUCGCUUAUAUACUGUACAUCUUGUUAAAAGAUUGACAGGAUGAUCAAUCACAAAUACUCGUUGUUUACAAUCUCAAAUGUUUCCACAGAUUUCACAUUUCAAUAGAAGUUAGUUUUCAAAAAUGUUGUUUGAAGUUUGUGUUUUCAAUUUGUAUUAUGAUAAUCCAUUGUUGCAUACUAUUGAAAGCAGGGUAUUUCUCCAUUAAUCUUUUUUUCCCUGAAAACUUGUGUUGAUAGUUUUUUUCUUAACAACCAUCAACAACAGCAAUCGCUAAGUGUUGAAAUAUACAUGGGUCAUUCCACGAAACGGUACGAUUUGGACUUGCACAUUGUUUUUUUUAAUCAAAAUGUAUCACUUUUCUGAACAACCCACAACAUUGACAUAUUUAACUUCUGGCAAAUCUAAUUUUCCCACCUCAGACAUCAAAUCCCUAUUAUUAUUGAUCAAUAUUUUAAGAUAUGGACACUAUAAGUCUUCAACCCCUUUAUGGACACCAUGGGAGCUCUCUGAAUAUGAUUAUAAAAUGUAUUUGUUAUGAAAUCAUACUUUUCCUAAUAAUCAGAUGUCCCUCACACUAAUUCAGUAUUUGCAAAUAUAAAAGUUACAUAAAAUCUCACACUUUUGCUAUAUUAAAGCUUAAAAUGGAACUUUUUGUUCCAGCAACCUCGUAAUUUUUUAUCACAGAAGUGGCUUAACUUCAAAUAAGAAUAAAAAUCUAUAUUUUUAUGAUUGCUCUGAAUAUUUCAGACUGAAUUGAACAAAAAUGUUAUUACUUUUUCAUUUUUUAUAUAAAUGUGAGUGUGACGGGGUUGAGACUAGGGUAACCGGGUUAAAGAUGAUGACAGGGUUGAAGAGACAAAUACAGCUUAACAUAAAAAAUCUUGUUUACUACUUAAAUUUACUGUAAGAUUUUGAGACAGAGGAUUUAUGAUGUCACUUCCUGUUAAUGAGGUGACAUAUGGAUCAGUUCAUUAUUUUUAUGGGGGGAGAAUGAUUUGUGUAACAGGGUUGAGGGGUUACAGAGGUACAGAACUAAAUAAUAUAAUUUUACUGAAUAAUCAUGAAUUUACUGAGAAAAAAAUUAUUUUCAGCAAAAAAGCACAGAUAGAUAUUUAUGAGAAUGGCAAAAUGUAUGGAUUUUAUUCUAAUUGAAUUAUUCAUAUCCGAAGUACACUUUCAUAGAAGGCAAUGAGGGACAUGACAAAAUAGGUGGUGUCAACGGAAAAAAAUCAAGAUCAUUUCUAAUAUAAAUAUAAAAUCUAUGUCAUGUUUUUAAAUCUUACUAAAGGAGACAUUUUGAUUAAUACAAAAUGCUUUUAAAAAUAGAUUUCGGGGACCAAAUAGAUAAGAUACAAUUAAAAGGGUCAGAGGGACUCAAAUCGUACCGGUUUCGUAGAAUGACUCACAUACUGUAAACAUGUAUUUUCAGAGGACCAAGGACCAUAAAAUGUUCAUUCAAUCAUUGCAUCCGGUCAGAAUGUAAUGACUGGAUAUUCCAAUUGUCUGUCAAAGAAUGUAAUUGCAUUCUGCUGCUCACGCAGGUGAUCUUCCAUCAUCAUGGCGAUCGUGUGAUUUGGUGGAGGCGUGGCUUUCGAGAGCUCUUUGAUGGGAAGGUGGGGGCUUGUACUACUGCUUUAUUUUCAGCCUCUCUGAAAUCGCUUAUUCAUAUUCAUUGAAUGUGUUGACAUAUAUAGCACAUUAACUUCUUGAAAUAGAAAGAUCCACGUUGUUGGGUUUUGGACAAUUGUUUGGGCAAAAGGGCAUCUGUCAUUUGCAGUCUGUCUCACACACCCAUUAACAUGCGUUUGAUUCACAAACCAUGAACAAGACGUGCAGGAUUCUGACUGACUGUGAUGACGGAUACUUUUCCGGACGUUUGGAGGACAAGCAACAUCAUUCACAGUAAGUAAAUUGGACUAAUGUUACAGUAUUUCAAAUAUUAUGAAUCAAUAAUAAAUCUGUAUUAAAGGCUGCCACAAAUUAUAAAAAAUAAACGAGUGUAAAAAAACGUUUGCUUCUUUUUUUGGUGGCUUGGAUGUAUUCUUUACUUCAGUGGUCCUCAACCUUCUGAGGGCCGCGCCCCCCUGUAAACCCAUUUAAAAAUUGUCCGCCACAAAUACUUUACAUUGAGGGUAUAUAAGAUAAUGUGUCAAAUAUGUUAGAUAUAGUUUAUAUAUAUAUAUAUAAAUAUAAAUACUGUAUACAAAAAUAUCUGUAUAUGACAGAUUGAUCUCAAGAGAUCAGAUUAUAAAUGUAACAACCCUGCUGAUAAAAACAAAAGAAACCAUCACAGAAAUGAAUGGUUUCUAGAAAACAAAUACCAUUGUGAACCAUUAGAGAACAGAUCACGAGAACGGUGUGUGUUUCAUUGAUUUUAACACGAGCCAGAGUUUAGUCGCAGUUUAAAAUACAGACGCUGUGUGGUGUCAUUUGCUGGACAAAAAUAGGGCUUUACAUCUUUAAUAACUGUCAACAUCUUUAAACAGCUAUCCAAGUUCAAUAAUAUAUGAAAAGGCACUUUAUUUAUAACCCCACUCUCUUGACACUUACUCUGAAAUGAUCAGGAGAGAGAGAGACUUACUCUGAAAUUACAGUCUGAAAGACAAACAUACUUAUUGAUCUACCUGCUUCUCAAGAUGAUAUUCAGAGGGAACAAUGGCCUCCGUCAAUUUGCAGUUGCGUUCCUCAGUGCUUUGGCGAUAGAGUUCCAUAGGAUGGGGUUUUCAGGGAACCAUCGCGCCUCACCUGAUUUACCUCGGCCCCCCUUGGUUGAGAACCACUGCUUUACAUGUU